UUUCCACAGACUUCUGUUGAGCUCUAGGACCCAGAGGAAUCUUUCAGUGGGACUGCAGGGAAGUGUCGAAAAGGACAUUUAAUUAUCGCCGAGUGAGUGCAGUUACAUUCUACAGAACAUCCUUAACCGAAGCCACCGAUUGGCCGCGUCUCCAGGACCCGCGAAGCGCCCGUGUCCCGGUCAGUUUGUUUCCUGGAACUUUCUGAGUUUUGAAAAGGUGUGAUCUGCUGAAGGCAAGGAAGAAGUGAUGGGCUCUACACCUUCACUGCCCGCCUGGGAGAUCCGCAACCUGGCGAACACUACCGGCUUUACAUCAGAACAGAUUGAAAUCCUGCACAGAAGGUUCUUGCAUCUAACGGAUGGGAAGACUACAAUGGGCAAGGAUUGUUUUGAUAACAUACCGGAUCUGGACUGUAAUCCCAUUAAGUCAAGAAUCGUGAAUGCAUUUUUUGAUGGAAGAAACCUGGGACUACAAACGAGUGGAACAGUUGAUGAAAUCACGUUUGAAAACUUCCUGACUACUUUAUCAUUUUUCCAACAUAUGGAUGAUAACCACACAAAAGAGGACUUAGAAUACUACAAAAAUGAAAAACUGCAAUUUUUGUUUCGGAUGUAUGACACUAAUGGAGAUGGAAAAAUCACCUUGGAAGAAUUAAGAGAGAUUGUAGACGAAUUGCUAUCCAAGACAUCAAAUGCAGAAAAGACCUCCUCGUCAAUUGCGGAUGCUGCAAUGCUGGAAGCUGCCAACAUCUGUGUGGGACAAAUGGAGCCUGAUCAACUGUAUGAUGGAAUAACUUUUGAUGACUUCCUUAAGAAAUCAACACAUCCACAACCACUGAACAGGUCAUCAUUUCACUCUCCUUGACAGUUCCCUGCUACAGAAUUAUCUUCACUUGGUUUUACCCUUACCUCAACAAAGCCAUUAUACAGUUUAAUGCAUUCUUUUCCCACCCUACACAGUCAACUCGGGAGAUCAUCUUAUAAUUCUAACCUGAAACCUCUCCUAUUCCUUGUUUAAAUGCUAAUUGCUGAGGAAGUUUGCCUUUAGCUUGAUACUUGCUUAUAAAUCCCCAAACUCAACCUGAGGGAGAGACUAAAUCAUCAGGUUACCAGAUAACAGGAUCUUUGUUUGCAAUUUUCCAGUCUUUUCUGGUGCUAUUUCAUGAACUUGAUCAACCAGCUGCUUUGAAUGCAUGAUAGAUAUGCUAAUUGAAAGAACUCAUCUAUUAUUAACAUUAAAAUGGGAAGUCUGCACAGAAACAAUGUCUUAGCUUUCAGGUGACAAAGACUAUCCACUGGUUCAAAUUUCAUUGACCAAAAACAGUAACACACAGAACAUUAUAACUAUGCCAAGUGACAGAAAAGAGUCUGUGAGUUAAACACACAGUUAAACAGCCACACCGAUUAAACCCACUAUUCUUCGUCAUCACAAACUCCAAACUCCAGUAGAGAAUUUGAAAUGAGAUUCCUCAUUAAAACAUACAAAUUACGGGAAGGAAAUUCCACAAUGGGCACAGAUUGAGACUGUUUUGAAAAAAGUUUUGUCAAUCCAAUUUAAGAAAAUACUAAUUAUUUUCCACACUGAAAAAAAAAUGGCACUUGUGGGCUAUCUUUAAUGUAAAUUCUUACAAUGGAAAUGGGCAGCAGUUCCAUAACUCAGCUUCCUCUCUAGAAACUCUGCAACCUCUGAUUUUUGAGAGACCCCGUAGGAGGUCAAAUGGAUUGUAAUAAUUAUG